AUUUCUCUCUCCCUCAAUCCCACCUUCCUGCUCCCUCGUUCCCCUGCACUCUGCAGGAGCUCACACAGACCUUCUCCCUUGAAAGAUGCUAUCGCUUCUCUGCCGUUCCAUCCUGCUCAUCCUUGCUCAACAGUGCCUCAGCAGGGCUCAGAACAAUGGCCCGCUGCCUGCUCCUCGGGGCGGACAGUCCACGGCUGAAAGGCGGCAGUUCUGCCAGUGGCCCUGCAAAUGUCGGGAGAGACCUCACUGUGCCCCGGGGGUGAGUGCCGUCCUGGAUGGGUGCGGCUGCUGCAAGAGCUGUGCCCGGCAGAUUGGGGAACCAUGCAACGAAAGGGACAUAUGUGACCCGCACAAGGGCAUGUACUGCGAUUUCUCAGCAGACAAGCCCAAAUAUGAGGUCGGAGUGUGUGCAUACAUGAUGGCCGUGGGCUGUGACCUAAAUGGGGCCCACUAUGAAAACGGAGAAGCUUUCCAGCCCAGCCCCCUCUAUAAAUGCACAUGUAUUGCUGGAGCCAUUGGCUGCACCCCUGCUUUCAUCCAGAAGCCUGCUGGUCUCUUAGGCCCCGCCCCACUGAUGGGCAGCAUGCCAGCUGGCCUCCGCGGUCGUCAGAGCCCAAAGAAGCACCAGCAGGACACUACCUACAUGUCAGCUUACAGGGAUCCUCCUUUAGCCUGGAAGAAGAACUGUCUGGUCCAGACCACCCCCUGGAGUCCCUGCUCCAAGACCUGUGGCCUGGGAAUCUCUGUGCGUGUUAACAACGACAACAGCAAAUGUGAGAUGAGGAAGGACCGUCGCCUGUGUCUGCUGCGACCAUGUGAGAGGAGUGUUAUUAGGAGCAUUAAGAUGCCAAAGGGAAAGACAUGCCGGCCUAAAUUCCAGGCAAAGACAGCGGAGAAGCUGACACUCUCUGGCUGUGCCAGUAUCAAAAAGUUUAAGCCCACAUACUGCGGCGUCUGUACAGACAAACGCUGCUGUGUACCAAACAAGUCACGCAUGAUCAAGGUCAACUUCACUUGCAAAGGAGGCUCCAACACACAGUGGAAGAUGCAGUGGAUAACGUCCUGCGUGUGCCAGAGGAAGUGCAACAAUCCGGAUGACAUGUUUUCUGAGCUGCGGUUACUCUAAUGGAGCCAGAGACAGACACGGGCUCUGAGCCAUGCUGUGGUGAUGGACCCGAGACUAAAGACAAAACCAUAAACCUCAUUUCAUAAUGAAGGAUGGCUGGGAUCAUGAAAUGCAUGAAAAACCAUGAAAAAUGCUGUUGGCUAUGAUAAAAUGUUUUACGAAACCACGUCUUCAGGAUAAGUACGUGCAAUAACGACAUGGGCUAUGGUCAGCGUAGUAGCUGA